AAACAAGUCUCCUUACAUCUGCACCCAGUCCAUAUUCCAAUUCCGUGUGCCCAUUCACUUCAUCAGACCGACCACGCCUAAAUCCCAAUUCCCUCCCGUUAGGGUUUCUCUCUCUCCAAUUCAUGUUCUCUUUUUCUUAAUUCAUUCUCUUCUAUUCGAUUCUAUUGUUCUAUGGAACCGCAGCUUCAGCCCAAGCUGGAGCCCGCGCCAGAGCUUGUGAGCGCUGGCGCUGAGGAUUCCGAGAAGUCGCAUGUCAGUGAUGUCACGGAGGUUCGCCACGUUGCCAUGGCUGAGGCAAACGCCGGUUGUUGCGCUUCCGUUUUGAAACGGAAGCGUGGCCGUCCGGCCAAGGGAAGCCGCGUUCCGAAAGGGAUGACUCCGCCGUCGAGGCAGAAAAAGGAAGAAGAGGAUGUUUGCUUCAUAUGCUUCGACGGUGGAAGCCUUGUUCUCUGUGAUCGCCGUGGAUGCCCUAAAGCGUAUCAUCCCUGGUGUAUUAAGCGAGACGAAGCCUUUUUUCGCUCGAAGGCCAAAUGGAAUUGCGGUUGGCAUAUAUGUAGCGCUUGUGGGAAGGGAUCGCAUUAUAUGUGCUAUACUUGUACCUAUUCUUUGUGCAAGAGAUGCACAAAAAAUGCCGAUUUUGUCUCUAUCAGAGAAAAUAAAGGUUUAUGUGGAAUAUGCAAGAGGACUAUAAUGCUGAUAGAGAAUUGUGCCCAGGGUGAUAAGGCGGAGUGUGAGGUGGAUUUUGAUGACAAGAGCAGCUGGGAGUAUCUUUUCAAGGUGUACUGGAUGUAUUUGAAAGAGAAGCUAUCUUUGACAUUUGAUGAGAUCCUUCAAGCUAAAAAUCCGUGCAAAGGAGUUGCAAGAUUAGAAGCAUCUGGUGUUGCGGUGGAUGUUUCAUCAUUACUCCUUUCUCCAAAGAUGGAGCUGCCAAUCAACAAUUUUGCGAAUGAUAAACCGUGGCAUUAUCAGGAUCCAACUGGGAAGGUUCAAGGACCUUUCUCUUUAUUGCAGCUGUAUAAGUGGAAUGCUUGUGGAUAUUUUCCUUCAGAUCUCAGAAUAUGGAGGGUAGACGAGACACAAAAUAACUCUAUAUUCUUAACUGAUGUGCUGAAUGGGAAGUGUUCAAAAAAUGUGUCAUUGCCAAACAACAGCCAACAGCUGUCUUUGGGAACCAAUAGUACAUUGGAAAAUAAAGAAAAUAGUCAGGAUGGUGGUGAGAAUGAGAACAAUGCGACAAGGAAUGGAAAUUCUGCAAACCAUCAAAUUGUUGAGCAGUGUGAGGAGCAAAAAGUGGCUGAUACUUAUACACAAUCUAAUGGUAAAGAUGAAUCUGUAAGGAGCAAUGGUUGGAACUCUCAGUCUCCAGGUUUGACUAUACAAGCAGAUGGGAAUAACAAUGAGGGGCAAAGUGGAAAUUCUGAAAGGAUGGAGGAGUCACCCAAAUGUGAAAUUUCUUGUCAUGACAUCCCCCAUGUAUACACUUCACUGCCUUCAACUGCAUUUUCUGAGAAACUGAACGAGAAUCCUUCUGAUAAGUUAACAGAAGUUCAUAAGAUUGAAGUAAUGUCUGAAGAUAAUGGAAAUUCUGUCUUGAACAGAGUUUCUGAGGGUCAAAGUAAUAGUGGGCAAAGUUGUCAGAAACAAUCAGACAGUGAGGAGAAUUCAGGGCUAUCUUCUGGUCAGAACUGGAGAUGCCCUGAUGUAACUAAUCCAGUAUGUAACAUAUCUACAUGGCUAUCAAUCUUUGGUGAACCAAAUGAUUUGGAUGAGUCAGUUUCAGAUCUGUUGGCUGAAGUGGAGGCAAUGGAGUCACUUGGGGGCCUGGAAUCUCCCACUUCAAUCAUGAAAUGUGGUGAGGAGUUGACUGACGGUUCUAUAACUGAUUGUCUUAGUUUUGCAGAUGCGCUUAGCCCAAUGCUUGAUGCAGGUAAGGGUGAUGCACUAAGCUCCUCAGGUGAUUUAUACUUACCAUCUCAAACCACAACACCAGAUGAACCGUUUAAGCAAGCAGAUGUAUAUCAUCCUCAAAAAAUAUCCGGGGAGCAUUCAACAAAGAGUUCAGAAGUUGAGUCUACUUUCUCUAGGAUAAGCUGGAAUCCAAUUAUUCAAUAUUCCUGGGAUCCACCUAAUUGUUGACAUGACAGAUUAUGUUGAAGGCCAUUUUUCUUAUCUUUAGGCGACACAUAUCUUAGACAAACUUAAUUUGGAUAGAUAUUAUCCUGUUUAUAACAGCAUUCUUUGCAAACAGUAACCUCUCGCCUUCAUUGUUUGCUUGUUGAUGAAGAAAAGAAAGAGCGUUAGGGUUCUUCGUAGUCUUGUCUAUUCUAUGUAAUCUCAUUGAAUUUUAAAUGUGAAGAACUUUCUUAGGUUUUAUUGUUUGACAGAUCCGUAUUCGUCUUUCCUUCAAAAUUUCGAAGAAAUUAAUAAUUUACAGGAUGUAUAUCUGUUCUUCGAGAUCUUUAGAUUGAAUUGUGCAAUAUAGUACCAACAUCCCACCGGUAGUUGCACGAGUAGGGUCAGGAAACUCGGAAUCAAGUUGCUUGUGAUAGAUUAAGCUGGCUCCAACGUUGUAAGUAUUAGUAGGCCAAUUCCGAAUUAUGAAGGAGGGAAUUGACAUUCAUUGUGAUUACUAUAAUUUGUUUAAACGGUGUCAUUUCUUUUAUAUUUUGAAA